AUGUAUGGAAGCUGCCUUUUGGAAAAAGAAGCAGGCAUGUACCCAGGCACUCUCAGGAGCCCCGGAGGAGGCAGCACAGUCGGAGUGGGCACUUCUGGGGACAGUUGUAGUCCGCUGCCUACCUCCAACUUUACCGCAGCCUCAGUUUACCCACACUGCAUGGGGUAUCCUCAUAUGCCCAACAUGAAUCCUCACGGGCCUUCGCUGGGAGCAUGGAGCUCACCCUACAGUCCACCCCGGGAAGACUGGAGUACAUACCCUGGGCCAUCCAGUACAAUGGGCGUAGUGCCUAUGAACGACAUGACCUCGAGCUCCCAAGCUUUCGGCUCCUCAGACUACAGCAAUCUGGGCCCUACCGGCGGUGUAAGCAACAGCGGUAGCCUGCUAGCCCUGACCAGCGAGUCACUAGUUUCCAUCGACUCAGGCACAGCCGGCGCCAGUUCUCCCAGCAGGAACCGCCACAGCCCCUACGCGUGGAUGCGCAAGACUGUGCAGGUGACCGGAAAAACCAGGACAAAGGAAAAGUAUCGUGUGGUCUAUACUGAUCAUCAAAGACUGGAGCUAGAAAAGGAAUUUCACUGCAACAGAUACAUCACCAUCCGGAGGAAGUCAGAGCUGGCAGUUAACCUGGGUCUUUCUGAGAGACAGGUGAAAAUAUGGUUUCAGAACCGAAGAGCAAAGGAGAGAAAGAUGAUCAAAAAGAAAAUCUCCCAGUUUGAGAACAGUGGAGGUUCCGUGCAAAGUGACUCUGGCUCCAUCAGCCCUGGGGAACGGCCUAACACUUUUUUCACCACUCCUUCUGCUGUCCGUGGAUUUCAGCCAAUUGAGAUACAGCAGGUCAUAGUCUCUGAAUAA